AGUCGACGACUUCCACCUCCUUAUUCCUGAAGGCACUAUCUAUCUAUCCCUCUCUUCUUCUCUUCUGUUUUGUUUUCUGUCCGUAUCCAAACCGUUUUUUUCCAUAGUGUAGCCAUUGCUAUUAUUACUACAUUGCCAACUCGCACAUUGAAAUAUACGCCACCAGAUAAUGGAGUCAGCCAUCCACAAGUCCCACAUCGUCAAAAACCAUCUUCUCCUCUUCUUCUUCUUCUGUUUAUUUCUAUGCCUGUCUGGUUCUCAAUCAAGAAGCCAAUCAUUCCCCAAAGAAGCCCUCCCCAGCAGGUAUGGCUACCUACCAAUCAAUCCUACUUCUGCGUCUGCAAUUUUCUACGCUUUCUAUGAAGCCCAAAACUCCACUUUGCCACUUUCCCAAACCCCACUUCUCAUUUGGCUCCAAGGUGGCCCUGGUUGCUCCUCCAUGCUUGGCAACUUCUACGAGCUUGGACCAUGGCGAGUCACCCAAUCCCUCACCCUUCAGCCCAACCCUGGUUCCUGGAACAGAAUUUUUGGCCUUCUUUUUCUUGAUAGUCCCAUUGGAUCUGGCUUCAGUGUGGCCGCAACCCCAGAAGAGAUCCCAAGAGAUCAAAACGCGGUUGCCAAACACCUCUUUGCUGCUAUAACCAAAUUUCUUCAACUGGAUCCUCUUUUCAAGCAUCGCCCUGUUUAUAUUACUGGAGAAAGCUAUGCUGGCAAGUAUGUGCCUGCGAUUGGGUACUAUAUAUUGAAGAAAAAUGAAAACUUGGAGGCUUCCGAAAGAGUGAAUCUGGCCGGUGUAGCUGUCGGGGAUGGGUUAACAGACCCCGAAACUCAAGUUGUCUCUCAUGCUGUGAAUGCAUACUAUGUUGGAUUGAUCAACGAGAGACAGAAGAAUGAGUUGGAAAAAGGUCAACUGGAAGCUGUUGGGUUGAUCCAAAAGAGGAAUUGGAGUGCAGCAACAGAUGCGAGAAGCAAGGUGUUGAAAAGGUUGCAAGACAUGGCAGGGUUGGCUACUUUGUAUGACUAUACAAGGAAAGCUCCGUACGAGGAUGAUCUGGUGGAACGGUUCUUGAACAUUGCGGAGGUGAAGAAAGCACUGGGGGUGAAAGAAUCGUUUGUGUAUGAGAUAUGCAGUGAUGUUGUUGGGGAGGCAUUACAUGGUGAUGUGAUGAAAAGUGUGAAACAGAUGGUGGAAUACUUGGUGAGGAAGAGCAGGGUGUUGCUUUAUCAAGGUGAGUAUGAUUUGAGGGAUGGAGUUGUCCAAACAGAGGUUUGGGUUAAGACAAUGAAAUGGGAAGGGAUAGAAGAGUUUCUGAAUGCUGAAAGGAAGAUAUGGAAGGUUAAUGGAGAGCUUGCUGGGUAUGUUCAGUCUUGGAACUCUCUCACCAAUGUUGUCGUUUUGGGAGCUGGCCAUCUUCUUCCCACUGACCAACCUCUUCAUUCUCAAGCCAUGAUUGAAGAUUGGGUUCUCCAAAAGGCUUUGUUUAAAAGCGUGUAACAGGAUAAUGCAUCAAGAAAUUCCACUUGGUUAAGCGAAACUAGUGAGUGAGAGUGCGAAUACUAGGUGACCUUGAAGAAUGUCAUUGCAAGAGCUGUAUUUCCUAGUGAAUUAGUGACUGUUGUUUCUUCUCAAAUGUUUCUUUCUUUUUUUUCCUGUAAUUCUGUGAUGAUUCUAAAGCUAUUUGGGUGGAUGAAAUCUAAAAUGGAUAGAUAAGAUUUGUCAUUA